CCGGCAGUCGACAGCCAACGUUCAUUCCGUGAAGCCAGUAGUCACUUGGAAGCGUUUGUAACGGUUGGAAGUGUAGCUUGUUCGCGUCUUUAGAUACAUCUAACGCGAGUUCGUGUUGCUUGCGGGCGGAUUGGAAAGUUGGCGCCAAAAAUUUUCAUUCAUCUCCGAAUGAUAGUGUGUUACGCAAACGACUUAAUAAAUAGUAACAGAAAGGCUAUGACCAAGGCUGAGGCGAUUUAUUGAUAGACGUGAUUUUGGAUUUGCGUUUUUCUUUCGGAUACAAUCAAUUCCGAGAUAAUUUGUGGCUAAUACGGCACAUAAUCGGCGAUGAUUAUGCCCUGGAGAGAUGUAGUGAAAGUGUGAAAUUUUCAAGAUAGAGCUAAGAUAAUGAAGCUAUGAGUGAUUGAGCUUGACCACGGUUUAUCUGCACGAAACUCUGAGUGGACGACGUUGUGCGGACACGCGACACUGACCAUGCAAUUAUCGACUUAUUUGCAUAUCUCAUUGUUUUAAGUGGAGCAAAAGAUAUAUCUUUUUUUUUUAUCUAUAACAUAUCCGGAUCGGGUAUCUUCAAUAUCGACACGGUUUGAUUUGUAUCUUUCGUUCGUUUGUGUCCAGUGGAUAGUAACGGUGAACAGCAACGACUGUAAUUGUUGAUAGGAAUCAAUUAAAAGCUAAUAAUGGGGCUCAGAGUAAAAGUUGUACUCGGUUUAGUUGUAUUCAUUGUGAUAUUCGGUUUAAGAUUUCUAUGCGUGAAUUGCCAACAAGUUGUAGCGGAUGUUGUCGUUGUUGAGGACCACAUGCAGCAGCCACAGGCUUGGCAUCAGCCCAAUCCAACAGAAAUAACAAUGGACGGCGAAAUCACACUUUCAUCAUCAUAUCAAAGUCCCGCUCAAACCAUACCCUCGUCGAAUCAAAACGGACGUCGCCGUAGAAGACCUGGAGGUCGUAAGCGCAGACGUCGUCCACAAGGCACGUAUCAGACCACAGAAUCAUCCAACGAAUUCAACAAUUUUUAUUGGGAAGGACAAGUACAGGAUGAAAAUGUUAACGACAGUGUGAUUCUGUCGUUUUACAAUACUACAGACUACUAUUCUUCGACGAUGUCAAGCUCGGAAGAACAGGAAACCAGAAGACGAUUUCUUCAGCCCCAGGUGAGAGUAGAAAGGGUAAGGGAACCUUUGGCCGCUUUGGAGCAGGAACAAAAAUUAUCUGAACUCCGAGACAAACAGAGGAAGAGAGCAUCAACUGAAUCUCCAAUCACAGCAGCUUAUUUAUAUCGAGAUAAAUCCUACAGGAAACCAUACGCACAAGCCAAACGACAGGAUGAUACCACAUCACAGACUCCUCCUAGAUCUGGUACUGACCUCAAGGAUAUUCUGAAGAACUCUGGAGGACUGAGUCUAAGUGAGAUUCUUCAGCAAAAAAAUUUAUCCUUGGACGAUCUAAUUAAGGGGAAGCAGAACGCACUGUUGGCAUUGCAGACCCCAGCGGCACCAACUGAGGAGCCAACUACUAAGUAUUUAAAACCAAUACGACGAAUUCCAAUGAGUUACUUGACAUCAACCACUACCACAACGAGCACGGAAGCUCCUCCUUCAUCAGAAAGUCAGGAACAUGAAACUGAACUAUCCACAAGUGCAAAUGUCCCAAGCACACAAGAAACUAAUAAUAAUAUUUCUUCCGAGAAUCUGAUAUAUAACAAUGAAUUCUCAACGAAGGAUGACCUUGAUAACUACCCAGCUAGUAGCCAAGAGCCUCCCAGAAGUGUAGACACUACCCACAAAACCACACCCUUUGCAGCUGAGGACAUCCUGCAAACAGCCCAGCAGAAGGCUGACUUUAUUGAAGAUGAAGCACAUGACACCCAACCAUGGUUCAACACCCUUCCAACAAGGUCAACCUACAGGAAACGGGUUACAAUCAAGCCAAGUUAUAAGGUCUCGAGCAGCAAAAAACCUGUGAGAGACUCUUCCAGUUCUUCGGAAUCCUCCUCCAGUGAAAAACACUACGAGAUUCCAUACCAUGAUAAAAACAGUAGCAGUCAGGAAUCCAUUGAGGAUAAACUAUCUCAAAAGGAGCCAGAAACGAAUUUCAUCGAAAAGUUUGCCACUUUUGAAGAAGCUAAGCCCAAGGAUGUGUCUACAAUUGAAGAGCUCUUCCGGCCUCUGUACCAUAAAAAGGAUAACAGCAACCUGUUUGAAACUAUCACGUCUCGGGUAGAUAUUAUUACGGAGAAACACUUCAAUAAAGCCAAGUCAGAUGUAACUGAAAGUAACCCUUCAUUGUUCACUAAUAUGGGAGUCACCCAAGAUGUUGACGAUCGGACUGACCUGUUGGAACUUCUUGAGGAUCGUCGGUCCGGGGGUCGAUUAUUCAAAGUAUUGGCUCAGCGUAACAUGACGUUGGAUGAACUGAUACAGCAUCGGCAAAGAGGAUCUAGUCAGUUGCACCUCGCGGAAAUGAUCCAGAAUAAAACGGUUACGCCCAAUGUUAAGUCCUUUUCCAUCAAGCCACAAGUCCUGGAUGAAAAACUUGAUAUAGUGACAGCAUUUGAUAAUUUUCCUCAGUUUGAUUUGGCGAAUUUGAAGAGUAUUAAGCCCGACGAGAUUAAGAUGGAUUCACAGGGGUCCAGCUAUUUUACGUCGAUCAUUGACAUUAAACCAACUGAUGAUAUGGGACGGGAAAAGGAGGGAAGGAUUAUGAAGAGUUUGUCGUUUGAUUCCGCUGAACCGACAACAUUCCUUGCCUCCGGCGAAGAUAAAUCCAUCGAUUUCUACGCACAACCAUGGAAGUCAUUCGCUUUGCCCAUAAGCUACAGCUCCCAAGAAAGUAGCAACUACAUCGAUCAACCAAAUGAGCCAUCAGCGCAGAUCGGUCAACCAGAUGAAACCGCAGACAAAUUUGACACAGCCGCACAAAUUGAAGAUGAGGUAGCACGUGCCCAUGAUAUAUUGGAUCUUGAGUUAUCAGGGCAUGGUCUCAGACGAUCACCGAUCGUGACAAAUGGCGAAAUUCCCAUGGGUGUAAGGUCCGCCGUGGUAGCCAGUUCGCUUAUUGUGGUAUUCUCUCUGGUGAUAUUUCUCAUUAUCUUCAUCGUGUGCCGAUGGAAGCAGAAGCGUCGCAAGAAGCUCACCUAUAUUGAUAACUACAACGCCAUAAAGCAGAAAAGAUUGCCAAUUAUAUCGACACAGUCGACAAUGAAGCGAAUAGAUCCAGCGACCAUGACCGUGGCCACGGUGAGUGGUGCCAGCCCAAUGAUCUUCCCAGGAGUCAAGAACAAUAAGAUCAACACAAUGGAUCCAAACUCACCUGAGGUGCAAGAGUAUCUGUUCGAUGCAAUGCGAAAGCCAUUUUAAAGUAAAGAUAGGGAAGGGAGCGGACAAGGUGACAUUCCAAGGAUGGAUGCCGACAGUAGGAUACUCGUGCAAUAUUUAUAAUGCUUAGACAAUAGAGACUGUCAUUGUUUUUCUUUAUGUUUCAUUCCCUAUUUUAUUAUAGGUUUAAUGUAACUUCUGAAGUAUGAUAAUUAAAUUGUUAUUCGUUUUUACGUUAUUUAUUGUAAUAUUAUGAAGAAUUAUAUUAAAUAUUUUAUUGUG